ACCGACUCUGGGCCGCUUCGCAGGGGAAUGUGCCGUGGCGCCUUAUCCGCGGGGGCUGAAGGUUUCCGCGGAAGAAGCAGGGCGGCGGCGCUCGGUGUGAGCCGUGCUUGCAGUGCCGGGCGGCGGCUGCGGGCGCCGCUGUUCACCACGAAGGAGAGGAAGGAGCGGAGCGCUGCAGCCAGCCCCGCCCGCUGUGGCCCGGCUCGCUCGCUCGCUCGCUCACUGUGUCGGCGGCCGGGCGGGCUGCGAGCGGCCCCCGGUGCGGAGCCGAGCUACAGCGAGGCGGAGCGGCCGGCGAGAGCGGGCGACGACGGUGCCGGAGCCGGGGACGGGAAUCGAAGUGGGAGCGAGAAUCUGGUCCGGAGACGGAGGGGAAGAGUCGGGACGGUGGCGGGGAGCUGUCGGCGGGCGUCCGGUGGCGGCGGGGCCGUGGCGGAGAUGUGCGCGGCGAGAGAAGGGCGCUGGGGCCGGAGGCAGCGAGCGCUGCUGUGCUGCGUGUUGGUGGCGGCGUGGGAGGCGGCGUGGGGGCAGCUGCGCUACUCGGUGCCCGAGGAGCUGCCCAAGGGCUCUUUCGUGGGCGACGUGGCCAAGGACCUGGCGCUGCAGCUGGCGGCGCUCCGCGACCGCGGGGCCCGAGUUGUGUCGGCAGAUAGGGCGCAGUAUUUCGCUCUGCAUGCGAACAGCGGCCACCUGGUGACGGCGGAGAGGCUAGACAGAGAGCAGCUGUGCGAGGGCUUGCAGCGCUGCGUGCUGCGCUGUGAGGUGAUCGUGGAGGGUGAGAUGAAAGUUUACGAGAUCGAAGUGGAAAUCACGGACAUUAACGACAACGCGCCCAGCUUCCGAGAGGCAGAAAAGGAACUGAGAAUGAGCGAGACGACAGCUCCAGGGUCACGCUUUCCCUUGGUCGAGGCUCACGACCCGGACGUGGGAGUGAAUUCCUUGCAGAGCUACGAGCUGAGCGGCGACGAGCACUUCUCGCUGUCCGUGCAGGCGGGAGCCGACGGCGAGAAGCGUCCCGAGCUGGUGCUGGCCAAGGCGCUGGACCGGGAGGAGGCGGCGUUUCACGAGCUGGUGCUGAUGGCGAGCGACGGCGGCGAGCCGUCUCGGACGGGCACGGCGCUCAUCCGCGUGUCUGUGCUGGACGCUAACGACAACGCGCCCGUGUUCACCCAGGCGGUGUAUGCAGUGCGCGUGCCCGAGGACGUGGCCGUUGGCUCCACGCUCCUCACCCUCACGGCCACCGACGCCGACGAGGGACUUAACGGCGAUGUGAAAUACUUAUUUAAGAAAAUCACUGAAAAAGCCUUGAAGAUUUUCCACCUGGAUCCCGAGACGGGAUCGAUCAGGCUGGUGAGGAGCCUGGACUUCGAGGAAGGCGACUCCUACGAAAUGGAGGUGCAAGCACAGGAUUGCGGUGGCCUUUUCGACACGGCGACAGUCUCGAUCUCGGUGACCGACGUGAACGACAACGCGCCCGAGAUUUCGGUGAGGUCGGCGCUGAGCGAGAUCUCGGAGGACGCGCCGUCGGGGACGGCGGUGGCCCUGCUGCACGUGCAGGACCGGGACUCGGGCGCCAACGGCGAGGUGCGGUGCUCGCUGGUCGGCGACGUGCCGUUCCGCCUGCGGAGCUCGGUGGGCAGCUACUACAGCGUGGUGACGGCGCGGGAGCUGGACCGGGAGGAGGUGUCGGAGUACAACGUGACGGUGCGGGCGGCGGACGGCGGGUCGCCGUCGCUGCGGAGCAGCGCGGUGCUGGCGCUGCGCGUGCUGGACGUGAACGACAACGCGCCGGUGUUCGCGGAGGCGCGCUACAGCGCCCGUCUGGCCGAGAACAACGCCGAGGGCGCGCUGGUGCUGACGGUGCGGGCGUGGGACGCGGACUGGGGGCAGAACGCGCGCGUGCGGUACCGGCUGGCGGAGGGGCGUGUGCGGGGCGCGCCGCUCUCGUCCUACGUGUCGGUGCAGGCGGAGACGGGCGCGCUGUACGCGCUGCGCUCCUUCGACUACGAGGAGGUGCGCGAGGUGGGGCUGUGGGUGCGGGCGGAGGACGGCGGCGCGCCGGCGCUGAGCAGCAACGUGUCGGUGCGGCUGCUGAUCGUGGACGAGAACGACAACGCGCCGCAGGUGCUGUACCCGCCGGCGGCGGCGGCGGCGGCGGCUCCGGGCGCGGUCUGGACGGGCGUGGAGCUGGCGCCGCGCUCGGCGGAGCCCGGCGCGCUGGUGGCCAAGGUGGUGGCGGUGGACGCGGACGCGGGGCAGAACGCGUGGCUGUCCUACGAGCUGGCCAAGGCGACGGAGCCGGGGCUCUUCCGCGUGGGGCUGCACAGCGGCGAGGUGCGCACGGCGCGCUCGCCGCUGGCCCGCGACGCGCCCAGGCACAGCCUGGUGGUGGUGGUGAAGGACCAGGGCCGGCCGGCGCUGUCGGCCACGGCCACGCUGACGGUGGUGCUGGCCGAGAGCGUGGCCGAGCUGCUCUCGGAGCUGGGCAGCGCGGCGGCGCCGGCCGAGCCCGCCGGCAGCCUGACGCGCUGGCUGGUGCUGGCCGUGGCGGCCGUGUCCUGCCUCUUCCUCGCCUUCCUGCUGCUGCUGCUGGCGCUGCGCCUGCGGCGCUGGCGCCGCUCGCAGCUGCUGCCGCCGGCCAGCGGCGCCUUGCGCGGCGUCCCGGCCUCGCACUUCGUGGGCAUCGACGGCGUCCGCGCCUUCCUGCACUCCUACUCGCACGAGGUGUCGCUCACCGCCGACUCGCGCAAGAGCCAGCGGCGCUGGGCGGCCGACAGCUGCUGCAACACCCUCCCGGCCCGGCCGCCGCCCGACAAGGCCGCGCCUCUGCUCGGGGAAGACGCUGCCGGCGCCCGCGGCGCACAGCCCGACGCCCUCUCGGUGAGUCGCUCCGGAUACCGCGACGCCCUCCCUCUCCGUGCUCCCUCUCCGGUAUUGGGCAGCGGGUUGUGGGUGGCUGCUCCUCACUUAGAGGAUCCAAGCCCGGGCUAUAGUGCCGGCGUUAAAGCCGGGGUUUGCCUUCAGCUCUGCUCUAGAUGGGCUUCUAACUAUUUUCCAUCGUGCCACAUGGUUGUUCAUUUCAUCCCCUAUCAUGUAUCAUGCAUGUUUUUCUUUUGUUUUUACCUAUUCUGAGUAUAUGUACACUUGAGAUUAUCAUGUGGUUAAGAUGUAUCAUCCCAAUUGCCCAUGUGCUUGAUCAGUAUUCUGAGGUUGUCUUUAAGCAAAAUCUUAAUUGUGUCAUGUUUGAUUUGGCUGCCUCUCCCCUAUAAUCUAUGCAGCCUUUCUGUUGCUGUAUGAACAUGAGUUGAAAUGUCUUUCAAGUGUCAAUCUAUACUGCUAUUUUUGUGCAUAUGUUGGGAUAAUGGGUUUGUUUACUGGUGAUCCUUUUAGGACGUCUGUUUGGCUGUUAUAGAGAUGAACAGGACUCAUAAAAUUUGCAUUUGAAAUUGCAUAGAGGUGCUGUGUGUGAAAGGCUGUUGGAGGAAAGAGGAGUGUGUGAGCAUUGACUUCUCAAGAAAGGAGCAGGCUUUGCUAGGAAGCAUAUGCUAUGGCAACAGCUUUGUUGUGGCUUCCUCACUUGAAUUUGUGUUGCGUAAUAUUUGGUGUGGUUGAGGAAUGGGUUCUGGAGAGUGAGAGUGAAGUCCAUGUCUUGUCCUGCAGUUUUAGCAGUUUUGCCUUGUUUGUUGUCAAUGUAAAAAGUAGGCCUCAGUGUGGAAGAGAACCCUGAAAAGACUUGGAGAUCUGUUAUAAAUUGUUGGAAUGGGGGAGCUGCUUGCAUACACUUUGAAAGUUUACUGCUUUGCAGUCAAAGGCUUUGAUAUCCUUACAUUUCCUUAAUAUGUCCCUGAAUGAUAAGCCGACAUAGUGGCUGACAUACAGUUAGAAGCUGGUUACUGAGAGUGGUGCAAUUGAAUGCUGUUAAUGUAGAGGAAUGAGGCUGGAAUUUUAGUCCUAAAUUUGAGAAGAAGGUGUGUCAGUGGUGAUAUUGUUUGGGCAGUGGUAUGAUUUUAUUGUGAAUGGCAAUUUCUGUAGCAUAUAUUAAGUUUGAUUUCAUAAAUUUGACAAUUCCUGCAGCAUUUAUGCACCAUUUGAUCCUGGUAUAUAUAGAGCUAUGAUG